UUCCCUACCUUUCCAAAGCAUCCAAAGUUUCAUUCUUCUCCAAAAGUUUCUUCUUGAUUCAAUCUUUCGAGUAUUUCCUUCAAUCCAUCUUUCAAACUUUAGUUUUGCUAGCUGGGUGUACCACAUUUUGGCCAAAUUAGUAGCUGGGAUUUGUCCAGUUAUUCUUGAUAUAUAGUAACUUGGAAGUUAGGCUGCAAUGGGGGAUGAAAAUAAGGUGAACCAAGAAACAGGGAGAAUUUCAGUUGAGGGUGAGAAUAGGAGGAAAAAUAAUAAUAAUCUUCCUAAUUUUCUCUUAUCUGUUAGGCUCAAAUAUGUAAAACUCGGUUACCAUUAUUUAAUCUCCCAUGCUAUGUACCUGAUGUUAAUUCCUCUUCUAGGGGUUGUUUCAGUUCAUCUUUCGACCGUUACGGUUGAGGAUUUGGUCCUACUAUGGGAGCAGUUGAGAUUCAAUCUUGUAUCUGUGAUUUUGUGUUCUGCUCUCAUGGUGUUCCUAGGUACUCUCUACUUCAUGACUAGGCCUAGGAAAGUUUAUUUGGUUGAUUUUGCAUGUUACAAGCCAGGAACUGAAGUUAUGUGUCCUAAAGAACUUUUUAUGGAGAGAUCAAAACAAGCUGGGAAUUUCAGCGAAGAGAACUUGGCAUUUCAGAAGAAGAUUUUGGAGAGGUCUGGCUUAGGCGAGAAGACAUAUUUCCCUGAAGCUCUCUUGCAACUUCCAGCUAAUCCUUGCAUGGCUGAGGCUAGGAAGGAGGCUGAGAUGGUUAUGUUUGGUGCCAUUGAUCAACUAUUGGCUAAGACUGGAGUGAAGGCCAAGGAUAUUGGGAUUCUUGUGGUGAAUUGCAGUUUGUUUUGUCCAACACCAUCUCUUUCUGCCAUGAUUGUCAACCAUUACAAGCUUAGAGGCAAUAUUUUGAGCUAUAAUCUUGGAGGCAUGGGUUGCAGUGCUGGACUUAUCUCAAUAGACCUUGCCAAGCAACUUCUACAGGUUCAACCAAAUUCGUAUGCCCUGGUGGUGAGCAUGGAGAACAUUACCCUUAAUUGGUACUUUGGUAAUAACAGAUCAAUGCUGGUCUCAAAUUGCAUCUUUCGCAUGGGAGGAGCUGCAAUUUUGUUAUCAAACAAAUCGUCUGAUCGUAGGAGAUCCAAAUAUCAGCUAAUUCACACAGUUCGUACCCACAAGGGUGCUGAUGACAGAAGCUACGGUUGUGUGUUCCAAGAAGAGGAUGAAAACAAGAAAGUAGGAGUAGCAUUGUCCAAAGAUCUCAUGGCUGUAGCUGGAGAGGCCUUGAAAACAAACAUCACAACACUCGGGCCAUUAGUUCUUCCCAUGUCCGAACAGCUCCUGUUUUUUAUUACCCUAGUUGGGCGAAAAGUUUUUAACAUGAAAAUCAAGCCGUAUAUUCCAGAUUUCAAGCUUGCAUUCGACCAUUUUUGCAUUCAUGCUGGAGGAAGGGCUGUGUUGGAUGAGCUAGAGAAGAAUCUUGAUCUCAGUGAGUGGCAUAUGGAGCCUUCAAGAAUGACACUUUAUAGAUUUGGCAACACUUCUAGUAGCUCAUUGUGGUAUGAACUGGCUUAUACUGAAUCUAAGGGGAGGAUCAGAAGGGGAGAUAGGACAUGGCAGAUUGCAUUUGGCUCAGGAUUCAAAUGCAAUAGUGCUGUUUGGCGCGCAUUGAGGACCAUUGAUCCAGCCAAAGAGAAGAAUCCUUGGAUGGAUGAAAUUAAUGAAUUUCCUGUACAUGUGCCUAGAGUAGCUACCAUUGCCUCUUGAAUCUAAACAUUUUUCAUUCUUUUGUGGGAAAAAAAAAAUCAUUGUAACGUCUUUUUUACUACUACGAUUUAGAAGGAGAGAUUGGUGUUUGGUAUUCAAUGUAGAGCUCAUAUUUCUCAAAAAAAAAAAAAAAAUGUAGAGGUCAUAAGAAAGGCAACUACUGUCCUAUGUGUUGUUCACAUCAAACAUAAGAUGGCUGAAAUUAAUAUUUGUCCUA